CAAAAUCACACCAAAUACUCUUCUUCUUCUUCUUCAUCCAUCAACAAUAUAUUUAUUCUUUAUAAUAAUUCCAUUAUGAAAAUGCUUCACAUUCUCUUCGUUGUUUGCUCUCUUCUCACCAUCUCAACUCAUGCUGCGGUGCAAGACUUUUGCGUCGCGGACCUAAAAGGCCCAGAAGGCCCAGCGGGCUAUUCUUGCAAGGCAGCCACUGUAGUGACAGUUGAUGACUUUGUAUCAACUGGGCUACGUUAUGCAGGAAACACUUCCAACAUUAUCAAAGCAGCCGUCACUCCAGAAUUUGCAGCCCAAUUCCCCGGUGUAAAUGGGCUUGGGCUGUCCAUUGCAAGAUUGGACAUAGCCCCUGGGGGUGUGGUUCCAAUGCACACACACCCGGGGGGUUCUGAGCUCCUCUUGGUGACUCAAGGGUUUAUCAAGGCCGGUUUCAUUUCCUCGGCUAACACCGUCUAUUUGAAGACCCUACAAAAGGGUGAUAUCAUGGUGUUCCCACAAGGGUUGUUGCAUUUCCAGAUAAAUGCUGGAGGAGUUACUGCCGUUGCAUUCGCAAGCUUUAGCAGCGCCACGCCUGGCCUACAAAUUCUCGAUUUCGCGUUGUUUGCCAAUAACUUGCCAUCCGCUUUGGUGGAGGCUACUACUUUCCUAGAUGAUGCCACAGUGAAGAAGCUAAAGGCUGUUCUUGGUGGAACUGGCUAAUUAUCCACAUUCAUGCUAUGCUAAUUGCAUGUGCAAGCCAUUCUUUGUGUCAAUUAGUUAAUAAUUACGUACCAGUCUUUUUUUCCUGUGUUUGUCGUCAUUAACCUAAUGAUUAUGACACGCACUAUGUAUUUCAUCAAUUGUUUAAAUUUAAGUAUGGUAUGUUUUUUGCGGA